CUUACUUCAUCGUCCUUGAUCAUGAACCUGCCUAUGUGUGGAUCUCUAUAAAAGGCAGGCAGAGAGAACAGAGUUGCAGAGAGCCUGAGACAAGCUCUGAAACUAGUAACUCCAAGGCUAUAGCUGCCAUCAUCACUCUCCAGCAUGAAGGUCUCCAUAACCAUCCUGUGCCUGCUGCUCACGGCUGUCGCCCUCAGCACCCAGGUGCUCGCUCAACCUGCUGAAGCUGACAUUCCAUUCAACUGCUGCUUCACUGUGAUCAACAGGAAGAUCCCCACCCAGAGGUUGGAAAGCUACACCAGGAUCACCAACAGCCACUGUCCCCUGGAAGCUGUGAUCUUCAAGACCAAGUCAUCCAAGUUGGUCUGUGCAGACCCCAAGGAGAAGUGGGUCCAGAAUGCCAUAAAGAUCCUGAACAGGAGAUCCCGAACCCUGAAGGCCUGAAUCUUCACACUUGCAUUGUUGAAACUCUUCUGUAUUCUUAGAAAAUUAGUGCUCUUAUAAGUGCAGUAUGUGCUAUGUAGUGUUGAAGUUAAUAUUGUUAGAUGCAAGGGGUUAAGAUCCAACCUAUGAAGCUAUGCAUAGCCACUGCAGCAUGAGUUCGAUCCCUGGUCCAGAAGCUGAACCACAUGGUGCAGCAGACCUCUCUUGACUCACCCGCUGCUCCCUCAGCAGUGUAUUUCAAUCAAUCUGCCUGUUCGGUUCCCCACUCUGUCUCUGGUGAAUCCUCUCACCCUCCCUCCCCACACACACACCCUUCUGGCCUGUACCCCAGUGCUUGUAUGCAUAAAUAAAUAAAAAAUAUUAUUAGACAA